CUCAGUCCUUCAGCCGCGCAGCGCUGAACCAGAAUGGCGGCUCUUUUGGAAUCUCUCCUCUCGCAGAAAGUGGAUAUUAUUAAGGUUGUAGACUGGCUAAAGGAUGUCGAGAAGGGUGACAAGCUGUCGUUCAGUGAACCCGGGGUGACCGUCCACAAGCAGGAGUUUGUCCCUUUUCUUUUAAAUUUCCUGAGAGAACAGAGCAGUCAAGCACUCACCCAUGGCCCUGCCACACCAGCCAAAACCCCCAGCCGUUCAAAGCCUGCUUCACAGACACAAGGCUUCUCUGAUAGGAGGGGCUGCAGGUCUGCUGCUGGUGGUGGGGGUGGUGGUGGUGGUACUCGGAGUGCCAGCCGAGUACAGCUCUUCUCUCCGGCCACGUCUGUGUCACCUGGAAAUGAGUUGGAUGCUGCCGGUCAGUCGGGCUCCCACUGCCUGAGCGGGGUCAGUGCCUUCAGCAGCCCCUCCUUUUCUUCAACGUGGAGCCCUGCCUCCAGGCCCUCGGGCUCUGACCGCCGGUCCAGCCAGAAGAUCAGUCUGGGGGACUAUAUGGUUUCUCCUCCCGACCUCCACAACAGCCCGAACCUCCAGUCGCAGAAGGCCCGUAAGAAGAGUGGAGGCAGCAUGGCAGUCGGGGGACAAGGGAGGCAUGGAGGUGGGCGUGGAGGACAUCAUGGUGAUGAGAGUGGUCGCUGGGAGCCUGGGGGAAGGAGAUCAACGAGAGGGGGAGGAGGUUUUGGCAGGAUAAAUGAGGAGAUUUCGCCUCCAUCCGUGGGUCAACUCAACUUCAACAACUUGGAAGACUUCCCUCCUGUUGGGUCUUCACCCAUUUCUCCCGCGACGUCUAAGCCAUCUAGGAGAAUAAACCCAACACCAGUCAGCACAGAGCGGCCGCACUCCAAACCAAAGACCUGCUUCACGUCCACUCCAUUCAGUAAAUCGUCCAGUCCCUUGUCAGGAGGAGAAGCACUUGAGGGAUCAAUGGCGACCGUCAGUCCUCUGAGCCUGCAGGAAGAGAGAGAAUUACUAAAGAGGGAGAAGACAAAACGCGCCCAGCACGUCAGCUCUCCUCUGCCAUCCCCUCUGGAACAUUUUACCCCCACGAAGACCGGGCUUAGGACGAUAUCUAAAGUUACACCAGACGUACAGACUACUUGUCCAGAACCAUCCAAAGUCACUUUCUCCUUGGAGUUGGAUCUCUUGGCAGAGCUGUACUGUACCUGCCUUUCAGAAAAUCUGGUGCCAAACAUCUUCCUGGAGCUCUUCUUUGUGAUGCAGCUGCUAACGUCUCGCUCUCCACACACACAAGAUGGUGAUGAUGAACAGGAAAGUCUGUGUACAGAAAAUUCAGAUAUUCUAGAAAAAUCUUACCUGAGACACGUGCACAACUGUGUGUAUUUUGCGGUGAAGGUUUUGGAGAAUCAGUUUCCGUUGGUUGCUCAUCUGGACAAAUGCACGUUGCGGCUGCUGGCAGAGAAUGAGCGGGUGGCGUCUUUCUCUCCGGAUCUGAGGGACCGUCUCACCCAGGCCCAGGACAGAAGCACAGCAAAGCUCUCUCCUUCGGUGUCCACAUUCAUCCACUCAGUCCCAUUCCAGCCUGCGACUGACAACCGGUCCAACUUCGGCAGUGACAAGGCCUUCCACACUUUUAAAAAACAGAGGGAUAUUUUUUAUGAGGUGCUGCGAGAAUGGGAGGACUUUCACAAGGAACCAGGGUGGAAUUUUGAUUCUGCUCUUGGAAGUAGAAUCAGAGGAAUGAUGAGUCAGCUGACCCUUGCAGGAAACCAUUCCCAUUUUUCUCGCCUGUUUCUGAAGCAGCUCAUUCAGAUGUGCAAAGGCUCCCGCGUGAACAGCUCUCCUGGCGACACCCCUGAUGCUGACCUGCUGGGCAUGCUGGGAGCAGACAGCCUCGGGCGGCUGAAGCGUCUGGAAGAGCGUCUCAUCCAGCCUCACGGAGUUGCCGGCCCCUGCCCUCCUCCGUCCUUCUCUGGCCACCAGGAGUUCUUCAGGGACUUCCUCCAGACGGCGAGCUGCUGCCAGCUGAACCAGCAUCUGCAGGACAGCUUGUGUCAGCAGCUGCUGCAGUUGGACGAGGUGUCCAUCCUGAGCCCUCCUGCGUCUGUCGGUGAGGGAGAGGAGGAGGAGGAUGGAGACAUGGAGCAACAGGAUGAGAAGCAGCGGUUCUCCUCAGUGCUGCUCCUCGCUCGUCUCCUGGCGAAGUUUCUGGGCUUCAUUUCCUUCCUGCCGUACCAAACGUCCGAGCGACCGUCCAGAGAGAUACAGGAGACUGCCAUAGCUCUGCGCACCAAGAGUGUUCCCGUGCUGGAUGUGUGUGCAGUGUUGAGUAACAGCAUAAGGCGGAGGCGCACCAUCCUGACUGUGCCUUGGCUGGUGGAGUUCCUCUCCAUGCUGGACUUCAUUGGCCCUCUGCUGCUCUGCUACAGGACUGUGUUGGGCACGCUGCUUAUCUUAUACAGAAGAAUGGUCCUGAGCCGAUGUGAAGAAAUGUGUUACCUGAACAAGCUGCUGAUGGUGUCUGUGUUAGGCUGGCUUUUUCAGAUCCCAGUGAUUCCUGAGGACAUUUUCUUCACCAGUGAGUUUACAGAUGUGGCCAAGAUGGAGGACAGCAGCAUAAAUGCUACAGGACUUGACUGUAUUCCCUUGGUGGAUCAGCAGCUUCUCUAUACGUGCUGCCCGUUUCUUGGUGAGUUCCGUAAGCUCCUGGCCGCGUUUGUGUCCGGAAGCACAGCCAAGAGCGGAGGAAUCAUCCGCAAGAUUACUCCCACCUCCGCCGAGCUGAAGGACACGCCCACCGCUAACCGGUCACAGCAGAAACUACAGGUGGACCUGGAACAAGCCUUCUUCCACAACCAGCCUCCGUCUUUGCGCCGCACCGUGGAGUUCGUGGCGGAGAGGGUUGGAUCCAACGCCGUCAAGCAUAUGAAAGCCACCCUGGUGAGUGAGUUGGUGGACAGAGGGGAGAAGAUGCUGAGAGACGGACUGGGGUCGCCAAACCCGAACCCGUCGAAGCUGAAUGACUCCAUCUGUGCUCAGCUGUGUGAAGCAGGGUUAGAGGCCUUGUCGAGGGCCUCCAGAUUUUGCUGUGAGAAAAGCCCCGAAGCCAUACGGAUACUGCUCCCCGAUGAGACCUCCCCUGCUGUGCUGACCACAUCUGAGAACAUCACCAAACGUCUUGCAACAGAAAAAGCCUGCAGCUGGCUCUCUGCCAACAUUACAGCGCUCGUAAGGCGAGAGUGGAAGAGCCGGUACGAUCGAGUGAUGAAGGCUCUUGGUAGCCCAGUAGCUCCAGACGCUGCUGAUGCGGACAGGGCUGUGGUCGAGCUGGUCGCGCAGGCGCAGGCGACGACUCCCAAGAGGAAACAAGGAAGUGAAAAUGCGACAUCCUGCCCUCCACACUGUGACCACAGCGCUCCGCUGCCCUCAGACGUCCUCAUAGAGAUAAAGGAGUGGCUGAGCAUCGCUGUAGGGCCCAGAACUGACAAGGAGCUGCCGACCGACUCACAGCUUGAAACACUCCUGCACAGAGUCGGAGGCACGCUGGCCUGCAGAAAGUUCUUGACUGUGUUGUCAGAGCAAAUGCUUCUGAACUCCACUGUACUACUGGCCUGCAAACUGGUGUCUGGAGAGCUGCCUCUGUCCAGGGGCAGCGGUGUCGUCGUGGGUCCUGGUUCAGGGUCAGAGCCUCCUGUCACAGCCCUGCUGGAGCAGCUUGCUGAGCUGUGGAAGAGAGACUGUUGUUCCUCCGCCCCCCUCCACCUCCUCUUCGCCCCUCUCACCGUCAAAGCCGUGCUGAAGGCCAGCGACACCGAGUGGAAGAACUACCUGUUCCUUGUCAGAGGUCUCGUUGACAGACGAGUGUUACGCGAGGAAGACGUCACAUCUCAUUGGAAGAAGCUAAACCUGCCAGCCCUACCACCGAAGCUGAUGGAGAAAUUUCAACUGCAGUCGCAGAGUCCGAAGCCCCCCACCGAGCUGCAAAGCCACAUGGAGAUAUUGAAGUUCUCCCAACCUGCAGUAGAGGGAGCUACAUGACAGCUAUAAUUUCUACCCAUCAUCCCAACUUUAGUGUGAUCAUCACAUCUGUCAGUGUGUUGUUGUUUUUUUUUCACGAGGGAGACAAUUCUAUGUGACUCCUGGUUGUUGACCAUAUAUUCUUUUUCUUUUCUUUUACCAUCAAAGCCGUCUCACAGCCGGGCUUUACAAGCGUCGGACUUAUGUUCCUCUCCUGUGAAGUGAGAGCAGCCUUUCAUGAAUCCCUUUGCUCUUAAACUGAGGUGCCAGCCAGAAACCAGAAAGCCCUGUCAGUCGAGGGCGGUAGCCAGGGACCACGCCAUCUCUCAUCUUCCAUCCAGGGGGGAAACCUUCCUCACAAGAAAACCUGUUUAGAAGAUUGUGUCUUAAGGGAAAUGGUAGCAGAUCAAACACUCUCUUGUCUAUUCGCUCUGUCCAAAAACACAGCAGAUUAUUUGCGAAGACACGAGCACGGCUCGAGGUGGGACGUCAUCGCGGCUGAAGAAGUAUGCUGCACGUUCCAGAUAUCGUCACGGGAAGUUUAAGAGACACAACUGCUAAAAACACAAUUUCUGUAUAGCACUUUUUCACACGCGCCUUUGACCGCAUAACUAGUGAUUACAGCGCGAUUAUUUCAUGAAUGCAACGAAGGCAUUUGUGAUCAUUUUUUUGUUCAUGUUGAACGAGCCUUGUAUUCCCAGCUGCUUUUACACUGAAGUAUUUUUUUAAGUUGCCCGCAAAGUGAAAAAUUAUAAAAUAAUAAAGAUGUAUGCAAGUUC